AUGGAAAAACCGACUCCAGCAUCACGUGGCUCCGCCUCUGGACGUCUGCUCUACAAGAUGUACCCGGUACCCACCUCCUCCAGUUGCCUCUGUUAAGAGAAGUGAGCCUCACCAAGAGACGCAAUGUCCAUUUCUUAACGGGCCAUUUACCAGGUACUUAGUACUACCUCACUUUCCGUUCGGUAUGCCAUUGCACUGUGAGAAUGGGUUUUUCCACAACUGGUUUUUCCUAAUAGGGAAAAGGAAACGGGAAGCGCUGAUAACCGCCGCCUGGCCACUUGAAACGACCCCUGAAUCCCAUGCCAUGUGACGAGUCUUUCUCAGACUAGAAUAGAGCGAACUGCAGCGUCCACACGCAAAAAGACGAAUAAUGCGGCGUACAGUGAAACAAGAAAUAAAACCCGUGAUCACCUGCUAACUGAUGACAAAAUGCCUUAAUGCCUUCUACGGACUCAGAGAAAGGACAAAUACGCGUGCACCGUCAUUCCUCCGUAAAGCGGAUGCCUUGUCCCGCUCUUUCAGCCAAACUGGGAGAUUAACUUAUCUCCGAGAACCGGAUCGGAGAUACGUCCCAAAACUAAACCAGUGGCAGACCCUGCAUGGCCGGUUGCGUAAGCGCAGGACCUGCAGUAGACGCACUGCUACCGAAAUCACCCAAUACUUGGGAAUUUCUCCAUUUCUCCAUGUUCUCUUUCUAUUUUACGUGCCGAACACGUGGUUAGAGACGACUACUCACCUUAUUGUCACCCCAUGUACCUGGCCUGCCUACAGAAUUUGGAUUCGCUAGUUGUAGUAGUGGAGUCGAAAAACGACAAGUCUAGUCUUAUUUGUGUUACAAAAGCAGUUUGCCUCGCGCUACUGGCUGAGUGCUGUAGCUGGCAAAGAUGACCGCGAACGACGUUUUUAGCGCUGUUCGAGUUCACAUGGCAUUGGGCCAUUAGGCUCAGGGAGGCGGAACGCUGGGUAAACACUCGAACGAAGGUUCGCUGGUGAGACAGGAAGGCAAGGGCAGAAAACAAAGCAACGCAGCAGACAGACCACUUUUAUGUGCGCCGCCAUCCACAUUUUCUGCUCUAGCUAGUGUGAGUAGGCAAGAGUGGCAUUAUAAAUACUGCCCGUGGGUCACCUCCAGAGUGCUAUAAAUGCAAUAAUUACAACACUUAAACAUAUUUUCCAUAAGACAGAGCCUAAAGGGUAUCCUCCAAAGAGAACCCUUACAACCUUAGCAAUAGUGCGACGCAAACCUACUUUUAUUUUUUUUCCAUUAUGUUACCUUUCUCAGUAGGUGUUUGAGGAUCCGACCGACCUCCUGCACCUUCCCUGACAAUUCAUGUGGACAAUCUCUGUGGUUCCGCCAGGGCCAACGGUCUCUAAGUCUUAUCUCUAGGACGACUUGAGGACAUGCUCUCAUACCUACCCCCUGUGUGGUCGAGUCCGUCGGCCAUCGGAACUAUCCUACGGCGGUCCCUUCCCGGCUGUCUCUCGGGGAACUUCCGCAUUCAACAUGAAACUCGCGAGGAUGUCGUGAGCGCGGACCGUCCCAAAUCUUCUUUCUCGGACACUUCUCCGGACGAGCCCUGUGGUCCCCCACCCCUGCUCGUCCCCCUCUACUGAUAUCUGUCCCACCGUUUCGUUAACUUACUGCUCCUUCAUUUCCGCUGCCACCAACUAAGACUUCCCCAUCAACUCCCGGUUCUCCAGCCGCAACACACAUUCAUUCCUCUCCUCCUGUCCCUCCUGUUUAUAUUAGCCUUGCUGGGUGCCGUGUCCACUUUCCAGACACAUUAAUUGGUCAUGUUUCUAGACAUACACAAUUUAUUAGGCUUCCCUGGACCCCGUCUUCGGUCUAGUCGGUGGGUACCGUGGCGGUAUGCUCCCGUGGUUACCGGUGAGCCGCUCGCCCAUGCCACCUUCGAUACGUCUAACUUACCCUGCCAAUGCGCUUCUUGACCCGGUUGUGUCUUGGCACAGGUGUAGAGAGAGUUUGAUGCUACUGCAUGCUGCAUCUUUUAAUGGUUGGUUACGGGAGGACAAAGGCCAGGGGGCACGCAUGCGGUGGGACUAACGUUUUCAACGGCCAUCACUUGGUUAGCGAGAGCAAUUGAUGCAACGUCUGCUGAGCUCUCUCGACUCGGGGAAGAUUGUCCAGAUAACUGUCUCCCCUGACUCCUGUAUUAUGAAACUUCGCGUUGUCGACAUACCGCAGCGUAGUGUCACCACCACCCCCACCACCACCACCAUCACCACAACUGACUAUUAUGACAAACUGCCUUGUAUAAACCCCUUCAAACUACGUGUGUCUAGGAACUGGGUGUGGGCAAGUAUUUUUCUAGCUGUGCCACGGAAACAUGAGGCAGCAUCUUUGAGGAAAAUGUGAUGUUUUAGUACGUGGAAAGAUUCGAUCAGCGUUGAAAGACAGAUGUCGCAGCAGCAAGCUGAUGAUGUGACUGCGUAAACUACGUAAAAACCCCACUUAUUGUAAAGCAAAUAUGGUUCACAUUUACGCCGCGGUUCGCAUGCACUGCUGCCAGUACUUAUGACUUUUAUGUGGCAAACGGUAAGUUGAAGGCCGCAUGAUUGUUUUUUUCUCAAGGACUCCGAAUGGACUUGAAAUGGCCACCAACACCAUGGGUAUUGACUAAAAUAUUUGGGAAACAGAAACGGAUAGGACAAGGAGCUGAUGCGGAUCAGUCGAAAACAACUGUCGUUUGUAUUCUAAACUCCAAACCGUGGAAAUAACCAGGAGUUUAUCGACUAGACUGUCCUCGUAUAAACGAUCUGAAGAGGUCAUUUAUACUUCCGUAUUAGAAGAGAGGGCAGAAACAAGCGUUUUUGUUUAAAUAUACAUGUUUUGCUACGUAAAUCCCUGCCCGUGAUCUAUGAUAAAAUGGAAGUAUGGAAAAGAGUGUGGACGGAAACUACACAUUAAAAAAAAACAGCGGGGACUAGACUACUCUGCGUUGCUAGAAGUGCGCAAAGUGCGUUUAGUCAAUCGGUAAAUAUUUAUUGUCCUUUUCGCAAAAAUUGGCUUAAGCAGUAAGCAGUAGCAAUCGCUAAGGAGGUGAUUAGGAAUGAGAGUGGUCAAACAAGGAAACCAGAAAAUUCGACAGUAGAAGAAAGCCAAAACAAAGGCACCAAGGUGAUGGAAGUGCAAACCGACUGAACGCGCCCAAAAAGACCGUCAUAAAAUGAGCUUUUUGUGGGAAGAUAGAAAUAGAACUUCAGAAUCACAGAGAUUGGGCCAAAAGAAUAAUCGCUUUUGGAAUUAAAUGGCAAGCCCCGGGAGUGUAAGCUGUACAUACAUAGUGCACGGACAACAUAGUAGCUACAUGUGGAUAAGGGUACUAAACCACUUGACUUUAUGUGGACUACUAGAUUUUAGAACGUUUGUUCGUAUGUUAUGGGUCUCAAAUUCGGUAAGUUCUACUAGCGUUAAUUAAACAUAAAGAAUUUCGUCCCGCAGUAUCAUGAGGAGAUCGCAAGGGCCUGGCUUGAGUGUGAUGAGACAAAAUCAACCCUGAACGUACCUCUGCAAAGACUACUGAGGGAACUGGCUAUCGCUGGGGUUAGGAGAAUUUAAGGGAUAAUCGGCACUACGUAUAGUCAGAAUGAUAUUACCGACAAAGACAAGGGAAACUGGAAUGGCCAUUUCUGGCUUAUUAGCCGUCAUCAGCCAGUCAUACCCAACCCCGAAGUGCGGCACACCCAAGGCUCGAACUCGCGACCUGUUUGUUUAGAAGUCAACGCCUCUAAUCACUAAGCCACGAGCCCGUUGCCCUGUCGGACCAUACUACGUAUAGCCCCUAACCUUCCCUUCUCGGUUUUAAUUGUCUCUGACGUCACGCCCGGACGUUAUAGUCAGAUGUGAUACUGCCCUAGUCUCUCCUGGGGAAACCAAGUCAUGCCUCUACUUGUAUCACAGAAAACGUCGAGACAUAGCCAGAAGCUUGUGUUGUCACAUUUUUGCUUCAGUGCGUAUUUUCUAUUUCGCCUGAAAAUGCAAACCCAACCACAUACAAUACUGAAUUUAAGUGAUACAAACUACUUGCGGGGGAAGAGCCGUUUACUUGAUUUUUAGGACUAACGGUUUCGCGGAAUGCUUGUCCGAGCGCAAAACGCGGCAGGUAAUCCACAGUCGGCUCUAGGGCAACUAAUAAAUACAAAUGGACAUAAGUGAAUGGCUAUGUAAAUGGAAAUACAACCUGAGCUUAAGCACGCAAAAUAAGUGUGAUUGCAACAAUUGUAUAAAAGUUCUGAUUCCAAGACGACCGUGUUAUAUUGAGAAGUAUCCCUUUUGGAUUUUUUAAAGGGAUGAAGCAAUACAUCUGUUCUUUCAGCCGCUGUUCAUAAAACUUAAGAAGACAGGGGCGAAUAAUGCGCACGUGUAAGUAGGAAACAAGGACAUGUCACUCCUGUCAUGGUUGAAUAUGCCAACUUUGUUUAGUGAGGCCGUAUAAACUACGUUCGCGCGCUGCUAAAUGGGCAUCACCCAGUCGAAAAUGACAGUCCGACAGUCGUUGCCGACGAUGUCCACCGUGUGCUCCACAGUAGGGUCGGAGCAGGAAUGGUAACUUACGCAUGAACGCGUUUGUGGUUGCAUUAGACUUUCAUUGCAUCUAUUGCACACUCUGCUCCUCAUCAGCUGCGCCCUAAGUCGUGACAGAGUCGAGAAGACCGAGGGGAAAAGAUGGCGCGGAUGGCUGUUACGACGAGAGUCCGCAGCAAAGCGCGUGCCACCACAUCGGUUCGGAUCCAACUAAGUGGAAGUGUCAUAGAAACCAUAUUAAAAAAGAGCUAUUGCAGCAUGACUUUCACCUCACCAGUCGGCCACUCAAGACAAAUGCACGAUGGACUGACUGCGGGCUCCAAUGUAUCCCCUAGGUUUGCAGCAUUACUAACCACGGCUUUUGGUGAACCGUGAUUAAUUCAAGCACUUCGGACUGUUAAUAUCGAGGAAUUAUGCGUUGAGACCCUUGACAUCACUCGCUAUACCUCAUCCCCUGCACCAGCUGACGGUCCGAGCCGGUCAGUCAACCGAUGCCAAGAUUAGGAGAGGUGGAUGAAAAAGUUAAGAAUAGCAUGUCUGCGCGUGCCGCACACCAAAACCCGGCCCCAAUACGCAAACAUCUCGGUUUCACACAGGGGUAGAAUGCUCCCGUCUCACAUCCAGAAGAGGAGCCGCACGGAGUAUGGAGCCGACGAGCGUACUUCCCACAUACGUGAGAUAUGCCACCGAUUUGGAAUGUUAGAGAUGUUCAUGUUUGGUGCGUGUGUUGAUGGGGAAAUGUGUGGCGAUGUGGUCUACGACGACUGACUGCACAGUUUCGUGAAUGCGCACGUGACCGAAUAAGCCCAUGCUAUGGCUGAAUGUAGGAAGUGUGGGUAAUUGCGGCGAUGGUACCAGGUGCAUGUCGAUGCGCGAGGCACCGGUUCGUCAGCCCCUGUCCAGUGGGCUCUCAGGUGACCGACUAGGCCGAUGCGUGAGCUGAACGUGCGGUGACAAUGGGAAAAAGACAAGUCGGGGCUUUAGGACGGUUGUCAGUGCGGUAAUGCCAAUGAGAGGCGCGCUAGUCAAUGGGGAGUUGAUUCGGCUAGGGAUAGGAUAAUUGGUGAAUGUCCAAGAUAUGUCGAUAUCCCCCUGAAUUCAGCUGCUGUGGAGACACAUGUAACCGAGUGGGCUCUUGUGGUGUAUGAAUGUGUGCGGACAGUGUAGACAGUGGGCACGGAAGUGGAAAAUGCAGGUGAGGGUUUCUGGUACUGGUGCGCCGGUCCCAGCGCAGUGGAUUCGUAAGUGACUGGCCAGACUGAUGUGCGAGUUGAAUGUACGAUCGUAAUGAGGACGGGCUUUGAACGAGUUCACAUCGCUGGCGGUGGGGGCGUUGAUAUAGAUAGAAGUAGCUGAUGAGCCGUCGGGAGUGUUCGCUGCGGUGUUGGGAAUGGGAGAGCGGGUAGCCGACGCCGUCUUCGCGGGAGAUGUGGCAUAAAUAAUGGAGAUAACGGUGAUCGAUGACGGCGGGACAUCGGGAGUGUGAUCAUCGAAGGUGAGAGAGGUCGUUGUUGUGAACGCCGUUACUGUGAUAGCAGGGACUGUCGGGCAGGCCCAAAGUCCGGUCAUUAGGCAGGUCAGGGUCAAGGAGCGCAGCUCAAUUUCAAAGAUAAGUGAAGCUUUGGCGAUACUUUGAUAUUCUUAAGCAAUUAAUGCCCGUUUUUCUCUAGUCCUUUUUAAAAGUCGCCUUUCACUACUGGGCAUAAAUUUUUCCGAUUUUGUUAGACAGUCUGACAGAAUAGCCGUAUUUAGUGCCGAGCCUCUUUAGUGAUUCCGUGUCAGGCUAUCUCUUUCUAGUUUUGUUGUAAAAUAAGAGCAGUAUUUGCUAUUCAGUACGUUUUUCUGUACGUUAGCAACGUUUUGUUUCUUGUACUGCAACCGAAAAGUUAUCUAGUCUGUAAUGUCCCGCAGUGCACGUGCUAAAAGACGAAAGCUUGCGGCCUCCCCACCGCCUCUGGGUGCUAGAAUCGUGACUGGAGACACAGCAGGUGCCAGCAUAUGUUCGUCGCCUUAUACAGAUAUGGUUAACUCAAAAAUCCCUUUAGUCCAAGUAGAACCUCUUGACCUCCUAAUCGUCCAAAACUACGCCUCCGCUAGCCGUAACUGAACAUCAGCCGACGAAAUACUCGAUCAGUUAAUAUAUGGCGACAUAAGCAGCACUUCUAAAAAGUCAUUGAACAGGCGUUGAAAGUUAUUGGAGUAAUAAGUUCUGAAACGCAAACAUAAGUUUCUACUGCGAAGCAUUCCGUAUCACAUAUCUGCUACAGAGGGAGCGCAUUUAUUCCUACAAAGUUGUGGCUUGGGUUUCAAUGUCGCACAAGCUAAACGACUGCGCUCGCUCAGUCGCAACGUGCCAAUACUAGUUACCCUUUUCUCCUUGAUAGAAGCCAAUUUUAUCUUGUCGAGGAGGGCGAUAACUAGAGAAUUCUGCCGAAAGUGCACUGCUCCGUUUCGCCAGACCUCACACCAUUGCAGCGAAGACUGAACAAAUUUAAAUUGUCAAAAACCAACACCGAGAUGAUGACACCUAUUGUCAAUUUGAAUAAGUCUUCUACAACACCAUUUGCGGCCUCUGCACGUCACGGCAUAGUCAAUUCGUAGGGAAUUCGACUACUCUUAAUGCCGAAAUCUUUAAACGUACCAACAUGCCCGAUAAAAACACGCCUCUACCGACUCCUCCAGCAACCCCUAGCAAGCCUAAGCAUGUGACUAAGUCAAAGGCGCAUCCAAUUGCCGUCUCAGCCACUAGGACACCGGGUAAAUCUAGCUCCAGUCUAAAAUCUUUUUCUCCACAAUCGGCUAACAGUGCGUUAAACGCCCCGACUCAAAACGUAGCGCAUUUCCGACUGCCCCCAGUCCUCAUAUCUACGCGGUUGAGCCGAAUAUGCCGACAUUCCCGCCUUUUAAUAGAACUCUUGCUCCAGUGGAUUCACUGAGUCCCCCACCCCCUAACAUGUUUCUUCCGCGACCGUUUUACCAAUGCACUCCUCGUGCUAAUGUCCAUACUGGGUCAGUUAACUCAUCCUACCCUCAGUUUCGUUCCGGCGGGAAUACGUUGCAGUAUUUGGCCCGUGGAUUUCCAGCUGAAAAUGAGUUAGCCAACAAUCGUUACCAGCUUCCCUACCCGUCAUUUCCUCGCCCAAGUCCUACCCCUUUUUGUCCACGUCAGAAUCUUUUGAUGCCACGAAAUUUUUUGCAGAACCGGAUGGGUACAUCCGGACCGUUUGCUCCAUGGGCAGCAAAGCGAUGGACAACGUAGCCCACCUCCCUCAGAAACAAACAGUCUCUCCCCUGAAACUUUUUGUUCUAAACGCAAGAUCCUUGCUAAAUAAGAUGCCUUUGUUUCAGGCUCUGGUGUUCGUCCAUCGUCCAGAUAUUGUUUUAGUAACUGAGACGUGGGCAUCAGCUUCCGUAGCUGACUCCGAACUCCCUCUUCUAGGCUAUACUUGCAUCCGAAAUGAUCGUCAAGACAGCCGUGGUGGAGGCAGUUGCGUCGAAUUUAAGCAAACACUUAAAUUUUUGCCGCUUGACCUCCCGCAGUGUUCCGCAGUAGAAGGCGGCUGCUGGAUCCAGGUUUUACUAAAAAAUAAGUUUUCCUUACUCGUUGGCUGUGUUUAUCGCCCUCCCAACGCCAAUGAAAAUUUUGAUCGUUUACUCUCACAGGCCGACUUAAGCUUUAAGUAUCAAUUGAUUGCGGAUGACUUUAAUCUCCCUGACGUCCGCUGGUCUCCGCCUUCAGGCCCCUGAAGGUUCGAUGAGUUUCUUGAGGCUGUGAAUGUUCAGAUGUGGACUCAGGUUGUCGACUUUCCCACCCGAGGAUCAAGCAUGUUUGGCCUAGUUUUCUGUAGAGGCUACAUGCCAUCGUCAGUGUCAUCCCUAGGCCCACUCAGGGACUGAGACCAUGACAUAGUGGCUUCAACGUUGGAACUCGAGGCUGACAAAACGUUGUCCCCAAAGUAUGGCUUUUUCCGCAAUUUCCAAUCAACUCGCUCGACCGAUCAACACGCACACCUAAAUUCCUACGACUGGACUGAUUUCUUCCUUAGUACGGAUGUAAAUGUUUGCACUGCGAAACUGUACGAAAUUUUGGAUCCGCUUAUUUCUCGUUUUGUCCCCCGUAAGAAAAUAAUUAAUGUGGGGGAUUAAGUGUUCCUACCCUCACCCUUUCGUCGCAAGUUGCGCAGACUUUCUCGUCUAUUGCAUCUUCAGAACGACGUUUCUGUUCUGCUCUUAAUCUGUGAUAUUUUUGAGCGGGCUAUGACAUUGCCUGAAGAAAAAUGGCUAGUCGAAAAGGUUCAAUUCACUGAAAACCGUUCCUUUAAUGUCUCGAAACUUUUCGCCCGAAAAGUACGAACUCAAAGAACGAUGCAGCAUCCCACUCUCCGAGACGCUCUUGGAAGUCCUACAGUUGAUGCCCAGUUAGCCACUGAUAGCUACAAUGCUUUCCUGUCCAAAACGUUUAUUGAAGAUUCAACCACUCUAAUUCCGACCAUCCAGGCAUUGACCGGGGCAGUUCUAGAAACUAUAACUUUCACUCUGUGGGAUGUGACUGUUGCGAUUCGGCGUUUUCGUCAAUCUUAUAGUCCAGGGCCUGAUGGUGUCCCAGUAAGCAUUUUAAAAGCCGAUGCAAAUACGGUUUCCCCGUCCCUCUUAUGCAAGAUAUUUAAUCUAGCUCUUGAAAGUGAAACUUAUCCUACCUUGUGGAAGGAAUCACACAUUUUGACCAUUCCUAAACAUGGCCAAUCUACGUCAUUUGAUGACUUUCGGCCAAUAAACACCCUCCCCUCAGUUUCGAAGAUCUUAUAGACAUUGACCAAAGAUAAGCUGAGUCACUUAACAGAGAAUAACCUACUGAGUGCUGCUCAACAUGAAUUCCUCAAAGCUCGGUCUUGUAACACCUGUCAGCUCUCUUUCUUUGACUACGUUCUCCAAUCUAGGGACAAUGGUUUUGCACUUUACACAGUGUAUUUCCAUUGCACGAAGGCUUUUGAUCGUCUUGGCCAUGAUCUUUUUCUCUUGAAACUGUCCUCUUUCGGAGUAGGUGGUAAACUUUUAAAUUUUUUUAUUUAAUUUAAUUUAAUUUAUUGAUAUUUUGGCAGAUUUUGAAUAAUUCGUAUUUGAAUAAUUCGCAUUUUGAAUAAUUCCUAUUGACCCAACAGUUGGGUCAAUACGAAUUAAUUUAAUUUAUUAAAUGCCAGUUUACAGGCAUUGUCCUCUUACCUGGCCUCUCGUACACAACGAGUUAAGAUUUCCAAUACCAUCUCCAACCCCACACGUGUGAGGAGUGGAGUCAUUUAGGGUAGUGUACUCGGCCCGCUUUUAUUUUACCUUUUCGUUAAUGAUGUACCCGAUUUAUUUCAGAACUUUUAGCCCUUCAUGUAUGCCGAUGAUCUGAAAGUUGCUUAUCGAUAUAUGCCAGCAGAUGGUGACACCGUGCUUGAACUUCUAAAGAGCGACAUACAGGACUUUGCCUAGUGGCGCAGCACAUAGCGUUUUUCUCUUUCUUGGCAUAAAUGCUCAGUUAUGGUGGUUGGCGACGGCCACUAACCUCAACUAAGCAUUGACGGUCACUCCCUAAAUGUGCGUGGGGUUAUUAAGGAUCUGGGUGUAUCAUACUCCAGAAGCCUCAGUCUUUCGGAGCACUGUGCCUUGAUUGUCUCUAAAGCACGUAGAACGACCGGGUUUAUCCUGCGAAACUUUAAAACUAGUGACAUUAGAAUGCGCCUUUAUAACAUGUACGUCAGAACUGGUCUGGGAUACUGUUCGUUUCUAUUUAGCCUCAUGCGUGCUACUGAGCGGAAGAAAAUAGAAUCCGUUCAACAUUUUUUACCAAGAGAGUCUUAGCACUGGAACAUCGUUAUUUGUCUUACCAAGAACGUUGCCGGCUUACAGGCCUUGAUCCUUUAUGGUUCCGUAGAUUACAAAAUGGACUAUUUUUGCUAUUUAGACUCUUAUAUAAUCGUACCUUUAACCCACUCACUACUUUAAGACAUCAUGUCCAUCUCCGACGUAACAGACACCGUGAGGUCUUUUUAUUUCUUCCUCUGGCACGUACUGUUCAAUAUCGUCGGUUCUUUUCUGUAAAUGCAAUUGCUAUUUGGAAUAAGAUACUCAUGAGUGUGAAAACUCUGCAAAAUUAUCCUUUAUUUAAGAGAACUAUCACUCGAUUUUUGUAUUCAGAAAAGCUCCCAUAAAUUUUGAGUGCUGAAUCCACUGAUUGACUCUACCGUAGCGAUGGCCUUUGUGGUCUCUGACCACUAUGGCCGGUCUCACCAGGGACAAUUUCUUUGGCCAACAGCGACAGCUGUUCUUCAGCGCCUCUGUUUGGACUAGCUCCGACUUCAUGAAAGAAAUUUGCGACUGAUAAUCUCCGAUACCGUUCAGCCCCUCCCUUCUUGACGGUCGAAAGUUUGCCGCCUGCAGUUUUUUUUCUUCUGAACACUCCAAACCAUAAAAGCCACCAUCAACUAUAUUUUUAUUCCUUUUCCACAGGAGUUUUUUCACUGCUGACAGGAUUUAUGUUUAAUGCUUCCCUGACGAUGCCUGUAAAUUGCCAUAAAAUAAAAUUAUCAUUAUUAUUUAAGGUUGUCAGUUUUUUGGUGCGCUGUGUCCGAAGAGGUCGAUCGGCGCACGUAAUGUUCGUUGUCAGAACGAGCAUAUCAUGAGGAGUUGAAUGCUAGCGUUGCUUCCCUUUUGCCUUUGGCGGUGGUGAUACGAGUGACUUCAUAUGUGGCUGCUCCAGUCUUCACUUCUCCAAUCUAGACCAGUCGGUUGUGUUCAGAGUCUACUCAAGAUUUCGGGUUGAUUUUUAUCCACUCCAAGGUGCAUUUGUAACGUCGUCUCUGCCUUCUCUGUCGGCCAGCAUCCGUAGCAAGACCUCCGUGAAAGAGUUGCUUUGAUAGUCGAGCAUCGUCCAUCCUCACGAGAUGACCGCUUCAUAAUAGUGGUAGUUGGUUCAGCACGGCGUGGAUGCUGAGGAUUCCAGUCCGUUCCAAAGCUUCCGUGUCCUGGAUCUUGUCCUGCCAUCUCGGCCACAGUAUUUGUCGGAGACAACUGAGGUGGAGGGGACUCCGGUUCCGCGCCUGUCUCUUGCAGACUGUCCAGGUCGUCGCGCCAUAAACUGGGGUCGUUAAGACGACAGCUAUGUAAAUCUCGAGCUGUUGUUAAGUUAGAGACCGUGGAGAUUCUAUACUGAGUUCUACAGACGGCCGAAGUUCUGGCCGGCGUUAAAGAUCAGGAGCGUCACUUCGUCGUCGAUGUUGAUGCAUUGUGAAGGUAUACUGCUAAACUAGGCGAAAUUGUCUAUGGUUUUCAGUUCCGUGCCGCUGACCUUGAUCCGAGGCGUGGGUGGUGGUUGAUGCAUGAUAAUCGUUUUGUCCAUGCUGAUGGCCAGCCUGAAGUUGGUGCGGUCGGAAGCGAAGAGGUCAGCGUUCCGCAUUUCCUGAUAUUUCUCUUGCAGCUGACGGGCGGCGAAGAUCGUAGAUAGAUAAUAUUCAUUUGAGUAAUCGGGUGGCCACUUUCGCUAGAUAACAGUGACUUCGUGGUGGCUUCCAAAGCAAAAGUGGUUAUCCGGGAGAAUUUCCUGUCAAAGAUUGUAGUUGAGACGUUAAAUAUGAUGAAUGCCAAGGCUCUCAGGACAGUUUUGUACAGCGUGAUGCCCCUGUAGUUUUCAUAGUUGCCGGUUUCCGUUUAGUUUUUAGAAAUAGAGGUUGUCGUGUCCUUGAAAUACUAAGAGAAUAGUCCUUAACACCAUGUCUACUGGAAAAUCGUUGUGAUUUUAUGCACUAGCCGGACGCCGCAUUGCUUGUAAAUUUUUACCGGGAUCGUGUCGGAUCCCGGUGCUUUCCCGCUUUUGAGUUGGCGCACGGCCCUGAUUUUUUUAGACGUGGGUGGAAAGUCCAGGACGGCGUUCGUCUCCACUUAAGGAAGUUGUCGUUGGCGAACUUUAAAUUAGAGAUAGGCCGUUGAGGACGAUCUGAAGUGCUCGACCCAGCGCUGAUUAAUCAGCAAUCUCUACGUCAGUAAUGUUGUUCCUAAGGGAAAGAGAAGAGGCGUGGUUCCUUUGGUUGUGUGGACGUAGCUCACCUUGACUGAUACGAAAAAGUGUUUUGUUUAAUUUCAGGGUUGACAAAACGGUGAUCCCUUCAGACGUCAGCGACGAAGAUAGCUCUGGUCACCAGUAAGUCCUACCAAUAGUGCGCCUAAAUGAGAACGCAGUUCAGCAGCCGCCGGCACAUUUAAUCAGGAGUGCAUCUAUGUCGCCUUUUCAGCGUCGGAAUGCGGAAGAAUGUUUUAGUCAGGAGGAAGUGCGAUGUUCUACGCAGUUUCACUGAAGGAGAAUACCGUUGUCGUUUCAGCCGGAGAUUCCAUGAAAAAUCGGCACUGCCGUCCGUGUACUGCAGUCUUUUCCAGCGAGGACAAUGGAACCACCAAAGACAACGAGCUUGUCCGCCCUCGCUGCAGUCGUCAAUAGGGCGUACAUGUAAUCGUGAACUUAUUCUUCGCUUCGACGGAGCUGGUCAUUGAGGGUUAGGGCACAGGCAGUAAAAAGGGUGGAGAGUUUGGUUCCACGUAGCAGACUAAUAAGGCGGUUUCUGAUGUUAUACGGAUGACAGGACACUCGUUCUGUCUGUAGGCGACCGCUGCAUGAGAAUGUACAGUUGGCACCCAUCUUCUCCAGUUGGUCUUGCACAGAGAGCCGUGUUUCUUUGGGAGCAGCGCUAUCCACGUUGUAGAGCGCCAGCUCUUGAUCGACUUGGCGGGUUCACUCUAGCAGCUAGUAGAAUGCGGAGGCGAUCGGCGAGUGCGAAUGUUGUUGUUGAUGCUUAUUUGGUUGUUUCUACCACGAGUUUUGCAUCUAUGAGACACGGUGUACUAGCAGAUAACGUGACUUCCCUGCGUUUGUUUAGAACACCUCUUCAACCGCUCACACCGUGAGGGGGCAGGCAGUGGUAUCCAUAACUAGGGCUGCUUAGACAUCCAAGAUAGCUGCCGGCCUCUUUUGUGAGUCACGGCUUUGACUGGUGUAGAGCGACCCGAGGUAGUCUUGAUCGCAUGUGAUAUUGCAUGUCGCCCUCUUGGAAGAAAGUUUAUACCGAUAAGUGGGGUAAUUGAUGGAAUGGGGGGGGGGAAGUCUAACAAGAUUAAUAGAGACGCGAGUGAGAACAGAAUUGCCGGGUGUGGAGACGCACACAACACCGGAUACCCUAAUCUAGUUUAGCUGGGCGGUCUGUGUUGUCAUCUGGGUUUGGCUGCCAGGCAUAGCUUAGCUUCAGAUAGCCACAUAUAAGAGCCGAAUGCCAGUCAGGGACGGCGAGGAACAGCCGUCAUCUGCAUAAUGAGACCUACUACCGAUGCACGGUGUCUCCUAUUUGGGCACGCCUUCAUGGUGUAAAAUUCAAAUCCAUUGCCAUUAUUGGACAAUAAAAGCAGAGUUCUGUUGAUUCCAUUAAAACACUGAAAUAUCCAUCUGGCUGUGUUUGAACAGCUAGUUCACUGCUGACGAAACGACACGUUCAGUGUUAACGACGAUGUUAGCAAAACAUCUCGAUCUUUUUGAGAGCAUCCAGUUAGGAGACAAAAAACCCCUCGUCGUGUCGUUAGUUUUCUGCAAACGCUCCCAGUCAGUCUUCGCGCGCUAGGUCACAAGAAAAGAAAGAAGGUCGAUUUAUCCAUAGCAAAGUGGGAAAAUGCGAUCAACCCCUCUUGUUUUAAUAUUCUACUUAUUGAAGUCCGGUGACGUCAGUGGUGCCGACCAAUAGUAUGCCGUCCUGUAUCAGCUGAUUCAAGGUCGUUUCGGUUUUCAUUGUUCCGUCGGUCUUUUCUGGAGUAAGACCUGUAAGGAGCUCAUUUAUUCGAGCCUGCUACAUUUAUUUUUACCUGAUUUCACAAUAACUGCUCUGCGAUUUCCCUGACUUCGGUGGCGAUAUUAAGAUUUUACACCUUAAGAGUACUGAUUUUAGCGAAUUGAAGAUGAAAUUGUGGCGAGCGAACGUUGUUUUCGAUAACUUCUCGUCAGGCCAGCACAGUUAUAUUGAACGGGGUUCAGUGAGUGAAAAAUCGAUAAAAGUUAGGUUUUAAAUUGCAAGCUUUUCAAGAGUGGAAGGGUGGAUAAAGUUGUAUGUGGUUAGUCAACCUUUGACCACGGUAAGCGCUGAGCCUGAACGAGGUUCUUCUGGGCGCAUAGUGUCGGUUUUCGUAACCUGAUGGUGGUCGCUUCUGCUGUCGCUAGCAGGCGCUGGCCCAGUAGCUUGAGAGGACCUUAUAAAUCACACGAAAUGCUUCAGCGGGGUCCAUACGAUGUCCUGAAUCCGCUGCAUGCGCAAGGAUGGCGCUGCCUAUUCUUCUGGUUUCACCUUUUGCCAGCCAUGCAGGAAGGUGCUCUCGUAUUCAUUUGGAAAGGCGCUGAAUCGUACGACCAAUGUAACCUGCUCCGCAGGAGCAAGUGUAUGAGUAGAUGCACAUUGAGGCGGUCUGAGCUGACAGCCUAUCCUUGCCUUCUCCGCGUAAAAUAGAGUCAGUAGAGAGUGAUAUGCGAACCCUUGCUGCUGGGAAGGUUCCCGAGGCAGCUUGAUCAAGGCGUCUUCUUAGGAGUUCACUUGCAGCGUCUCCAUGAAACGGGACUUUGAUGAACAACGUUUUCUUUUCGACGGUCGGUUUGGUGGGUUUUGCGGGUCGUUCGGCAAAGUUAUUUGCAAUGAACCUGUCAGGAUACCCGUUUUCCCGAAGCAGAUCCUGGAUUUUUCUAAAUUCCUCCUUGAUACUAUCUGUUGAACAAAUUUUUCUAGCCCUUUGUGCCAAACACCGGAUUAGAUUUCGUUUUUGUUGGAGAGGUACGAAACUGGCGAAGUUCAUGUCCAAAGUAAGACACUGUCGCCUUCUGUGUCGUGGUCCAGGCUACCAGUACACUUGAAUGUUCCUAUUAUUGGCCAUAGGAACUGACUGACGUCGUUCGAAAGGUAAGGGCACAUUAGUGAACGGUACACGGAAGGGCUCAUUGCACAUCAAUUUUUAGGCGCCAGUUUUCUCUGUGAUAUUGUUGUAGAAGUAGUUGUCAUUGUGAUAGGAUCCUAACCACUCGAUUUAUAUUGACUGGCAACAUUGAGAUACACUGUCCUCAGGAUUUUUUUGGAUGAUUUGGCCUGGGACAUCGUCGCGAUUCUCUCUAACGCCUAGUAUGAUGACACAAUUCCCGUUGCUUCUACAUUACUGAAUGUGAAGUGUCUUUGUUGUUUGUCAUCGCCUGGUCGGUUUUUUCCUUCUACGUAGUCAUCUUCUAUCCUCUUCUAUUGUCCUGAAUCUUUGCGUUUAUUUCGUCGUAAGAAAUCGCCGAAUGUCCAUUUGACGAGCUAUUACAAUGGGGUAUCAACAGCGUAUCUUUGGUUACAUCACGCAAUCUACGUUUGCUUCAAUGCCGUUAUAUGGCGAUCCCAGUCGUCAGUCAGUAAUAAGAGCUCGUCUUCGCGCGUACCUACUUGAACAGUAACGUCUCGGCACAAAAGGUGUUUUUUGCGUUCGUGUUUUCAUCCUUCCCGACAUUUCCAAUUUCCCUUCUUUUCCGUCUGCUAUCUUGUCUACGGGCGGUUCCUUAAAACUCCUAAACGGCCGCAUAAUUACACUGCCUUAUCAUUUGGAGGCCUCCCCUCGGUCCCAUCUGAAUUUAUGACUUUGUGUUUUGGCGCAUCUAGGAGAUAUUAGCUGUUGCCAGUCAUUUUUCAUAUUUUUCACAGAAAUGAUUUAAAAUUCUUACUUUAGUUUUACGGAUUCACUGACUGUCGAACGACCAUGGAAAAGUGGCAACUCGUUCAUAGCGAUGGCGAGGAGGUGGAUUCUGAUGAUAGCUCAAGCGUAGGUAAGUCCAGUUAAAAAAUUCACCGUGAAUCUUCUUCACAAUAUUUCUUUCUUAAUACUACGUUAAAGCCGUCUGUGCAUCACUCCGCACACAGUUAGUUGGAGUUCUGGUGAUUUAUAAGACGGGGCUAUCCCAUAUGAAGUCAUGCAAGUAAGAACGAUUUGGUAGUCUUCCAGACUUCUUCGCAACUUCUUCCAGUACUUUAAAUGCCUCUUUUAUAGCAUUUAUUGCCCGGUUUAGUGGUAAACGAGUCUUUGUAGUGCUCAUAUGCCUUAUCCAUCCGACCCAACAGAGGACCAGACAAACACACUUAACUUCUCAGUCAGUCACAGUGAGAUUCGCAUUCGUGCGAAGAGCUGUUGUAUGUCAUCUGUGGGAAACAGGAUCAUUUUGGACAGGUAUAGUCUUUAGGAUCCGUCAAGUUCUAAGCAUUCAUUGCCAUUAUGAUACUUUAGAAAGGGGUCCAGACGUCCCCACUAAAUGUUAGUAUGUAAACAAACUGGGGGAUUAUUCCUAAUUCCCGAUAAGUUACGUGUUGGUAUGCAUCGCCAAGGAGAAGUAUACGAGCGGAUGCUCGAACUGCGACACUGACGAGCAAAUCGACCUUCAGUUCUCUACGUUCCAUACUUCCAUCGCCAUAAUUAGGCCGACUACUGACUGCUCGACUUAUUUAAGAGUUGCAGAUGGUCAAGCAGUGAACGCUAGCUCCGAAAUACUCGACUUCCUAAAUAAUGAGUAUACCUUCGGUGCUGAGAUCUAGGUUCUGACACCAAUGGUCUUUUUAGAAGCUUCUUAGUCCGCCGACCCCACUGAAAUUACGACCAUAAACAAUAUUCAAGCGGCUUCUUUCAACCACUCCCUUGGUGUUAAAAUAGUACUCCGACGGUCGAGAUGCAAACAACAGACUUAAGCUUAUGCGAAUCCUUCCGAAUCAUCGAUUGCAAGUUAGUCAGUCGAUGUUCUUGACUCACUACUGUGGCCUUGGCAGCUGGUGCCUCUGAACUUCUGCUACUGUUUUUGGAAUAAUACUGUAGUAGGGAUCUGGGAAAUUCUCCGCUAGCUUAAUGCAUUAGUUCCUGACGAAAUAAUGAGCGCUAUUCGCUAAUUUUAUUGACACCAAAUAUCACGUAUACAACUAUGGGAAACCCACUGGAGAUGCAAACCCCUUGCAGUUACGGCUUGCAGCAGAAAAGCGGCUAAACGCGUAACUUUUAACUACCAUCUGUGUCGAGUCCUUACAAAAUUUACUUUUGCUGUUAGAUUUGCAUGCGCGAACACUGCACGGUUAUUUCAUCAAAGUCGGCAGUACUCGGCCCUAAUGCUUACAUGGAAAUCUGGGCGGGACCCGCCAAGUUCGGUUUCGACAACCUCGGUCAAUACUUUUGACGAAAUGAUAAAGUGCCCUAUACUUGAUCUUCCCAUGGUUACUGUACGCUUGGCUGAAAGUUUCGCAUCAGAAAGUCUGCAUCUUAUCGCCUACAACUUAACCCGAUAUUAUGUUUAGUACAUUUUCCGCUAGAAAGACUUCUAAAGAUUUUGGCCCAUGUUUAUAAGGUCUGGGCCGAUGUCAGGUGCGAUAUGACUGAAGAUGAUCCAGAAUUAAAUUGACCCAAAACAACGACUCCUGCUUCAGUAGUCUCUGUCGGAAAUAUCUCGGGUUGUGCUGAACGAUAAGAAUCUUACGCUAGUUGACAUCUUCUGCCAACCCUGGGUCGAAAUUCCUUCCUUUUGGGUAGGAUAGGGGAGAAGUCACAUAUUAAGUCAGUCAGACGAAUACGGCCUUCCUUAGACUCCGUCCAAACAUCUGAAAUCAGCUUAAGAUUACUCACAAUGCCAAACUUGAGCAUACUAAAUACCCUAUCAAGACAAUUCACCUAUACCUAUACGAGAUAUGACUCGUGCACUCAGAAGGCACCCGCCUUCUGGACGUAUUUGAGCCCGGACACUAUCUAUUGAACUAACCUCGAAUAUCGUCUUCAACUAUGAAAGUCGGUGGCACAAGAGGUCAGUUGCGCCCUUCUGACUGAUGUGUUGACUUUGUGUUGUGCCGUCUUGAGGGCUAAGGUGACCUGGACUUCCUCACGAAUCCUACCCUGGUUAUUGGUGGGAUCGAGGUCGACAACUGAAGACAUAGGUAGGCGUGGUGAGAGCUGACUUCGAGCAUGUGUUUAGUCCUACCAUCUACGAUUUGCGUGGUCACUAAUCGCCUAAACUUAACCGACCACAAUGGACGGAAAUUAUUUGUGAUGCGGUCAACGUGUAACUUUGAACCAGCUGAAUUAGGCAUUAUGAAUGCGGUCACAACUGGAAGUCAGGAUACAGCCAACCAUUCCAUCGGUGGCCUGAGGCGUGGAGACUGCAGAACUGUUUCUGAAGCUUAAGUCUUGCCGCUUCCAGGGUUUUAAUUUGCUCAUGCGAAUUGGCUGUUAAUAGCAAAUGACGUAGGCUCUCUCCAGACCUCUAAUUCAAAAAGAUUCAGGCAUUUGCCUCCUGAGUGUUUGGCUCUGCCAGUCAGAUUAGACACCAGCAAUUCCUUUCUUUAAACUCCACCGCAAAUACCCCCUCCCCCCUUUUUUUUAGUUAGUGCCUUAUGACAUAAUCUAGCACUACAGGUUCGCACAAAAACCCACAUUUCUCAUAGCUUCCAUACGCGCCUUGCUUUAGUUUGGUUUUGACCCAGUCGUCCUCCUAAGAUGAUGGCUCCGCUAAGGACUUAAAGCGUGAUGUUGUCUUUGCGUUACCAGGGCGACUAGUGGCCGCUCAUAGUCUUUCUGCCACGCCAAUAUUGCAUACGCCAACUCGGCUGAUCAUCAUCACGCGCCCGGUCAGCGGCUUCACAGUAGAGCGAGCGCGAGCCCUAUGAUGCAAACGAGAGCAUGUUUUCAAUACCAAGGGGCGCUCUAAUGAGUGUACAUUCAUGCCUUGUCUCAUCCUUCUGUUUCCAUAAAUGGCAUGGAAGUAUCUUGCAGACAAGGACAUGACGCCCCCCUUUGUGAGCCUGCUUAUAUGUACAUCGUCCUAUAGGGUGACGCGAAGUCAGAUGGUACUGGAGUUCUCUUGCUCCUCAUUAUUGCUUUGAGACCCACAGGCUGAGCUAGUCUCUUCGAUCUCACUUAACGUAUUAAGCGGAACAAGUUGGCUAACCGAAUUAGCACUCUCGUGGCGAUCCAAAUUAGCCCAUUUAAUCAGCGACCAAGAUUGCAGAUAAUCGUCGCCUUUAGUGGAGCUUGUCAAAAUCACAAAGUAACAGUGCACUGUACUCGUUUAUGUAAUCGGAGCUCUACCUAGUACCUUACAUUUUUGUUCGUUACAUCGAUUAAUCUGGUAUUCCGUAAAUAUUGGGUUAAGGAGGUGACAUGAAUCACACCCGUAAAUGCAUACUUAAUUGAUAAUACGCCUCUGCAGCCGUAAAAUUUAAUGUACAAUGCCUUAUAAAGGUAGGGAGAAGCUUUUAAGCAAUUGUUAUAGGUUGGAGAUGGUUACUCAGCUCCAAAGGUCGGUCCACCCAGUGUAUGACACGCUACCCAUCAGUGUAAUGCUCCUGAUGGUUCAGUUAAGAAACUUGUUAAGGAAGAGCUGUUGUCAGAAAAACCAGGGCUACCUCUGGAGGGACCAUACAUUCAACAUUUAAAACCAAUGUUCAUGCGCCCCGCUUAUUAGAAGCUUAGUUAUAUGGUUUGGUCGAGCUUUGAAGAACAAAAGUGGAUGGUUCAGGUAGUUCAAACCCAGAAAAGGCUUGUAAUUGUAUUUGGGAAUCGAACAUGAUCUAUUGGCGAAAUUAGCUGAGGCGUCUGGGUCCAGCUGGUUUGUUCAUGUGCUUUUGCUUCGUUAGCCGUCGGCCUUGGGGGAGGGAAAUGCGUAGGCGACCAGAAGCUAAAAGAAAAGAAGGAUAGGGUGACGUUAGUUGUUUGUCCCAAUUUCACAGGCUUCCACAAAAUCCAGUGGACGAUACUUAGAAGAGCAACGCGGUCUUCUUGUAUUGGAGGUAGCGAGUAGCUGAUAUUAUAUUCAACGUGAAAAUGAAUGACUACAUACGCAAUACAUUCUCAUCGAUUUUAAGAAGGAUACUUACUUGAAACACGUCAGGGAACUUGACGGCAUGUGACACUUUCUUCACAACUACUCUGGACGUUUAAGUGGGACAUUCGAAGGGAUAAAAACCACGUUCAGUCCUGUCCUCAGUGUACUCCGUGGAGACAGUUUACUGAGCAAGGUAUUAUUGUUGCUGUAAAAAAACGGUGUAAAUAUCUAUAUUUAAAAGAUCCGAUUUCGUUUGUUGACCCUCCAAACGAGGGAGGCGCUGCUGUAGUAGAAUUGGGAACAAAUGGCUCAUCUCCCAGCAGGAGCGCAUGGGUUAGCAUGGCAUCUGUCCUAAUUUCAAGUUUCGUAAGUAAUGAUUUUGGACUUGACAUCCUUGUUGUGAUUUAUGCGGAAAAAGAGAAAGUAGAUCUUUCGUACUUAAUGUGAAAUCUUCAAGGAGUGUCUAUCGAGGACUUUGUCCCAUUAGACGGCAAACUUUCUCAAGAAUGUGAUAAAGCCAUUCUAGAUAUCAAUCGUUCCAUUGAGGGAACCGUUAUCGAUCCUGAUUAUUUUGAUUAUGGUACUUACACGGAAGAGUUUCCGGUUCUUCUGUUUCUUUUUUCAAGGGAGAUGACUUUUAUCAGAGGACGUCCCCCCUAGAUGCUGUAGACUGCGUUCGAGUUGCGCCAACUCACUUAGCACCAGGCACUUUGUCAGUUAGGAGAUAGUGGCCUGUAAUUUCCUGUUUGUUUUAAGCUGUAUGCCAGCUGUGCAGGCCUGUUUAGCUGCAUGGAUGACAUCCCGAUUCGUGCUGUCCGUACAUCGAGGCAGUACUACCGUCGCUCACUGAUUGGUUUUCCCUAACUGAUCCCUUGCCAACAGAUCUUCCUAGCCCAUAGAUGCAAGUCAGAUAAUUGUGCUCUGAAAGCUGUCUAGGAAGCACUAUUUUAGCUGGAUUGCCUUUAAAACGGGCUGGACCAACACAAGAGCUGGAUCGGAGUCUGGCAGGCGUUACGGGGAGCGCACAUCUAUAUUAAAUGCCAAUACUCGGAGUUUUUUGUCACGCCCAGUCGCAAGCUUGCGCCGCACCAAUUGAGACUUGAGCCGCCCUUAAUCUUGUUUUGGUAUAAACUCCUUGUCAGUCUGUUCUGGACCAGGGGCUGUGAUGGUACGCCUAGGUGCGAGUUUUCGCCGUGACAGCCACCUGCGUCCUCUCUCGCUUUCGGUCUUCUUGACUUGGCAAUGACACCUGUUCCAGGUGACGGAGGUGAGAGUGCGGUUGAUGCGGCGAAAGUCUGUCAUCAUUAAACUAAUUCAUACGCGUCUUUGUCCCUGCUCUCACCCUGCUGCGGAGCACUCUGUGGACAUCGUUGAAAUCGGCGGUUUAACUGUCACGUUAGCUCAAAGCCCCAUACGGGCCGACUCACACUGCUUUAUAUGGGUAACUUAACCGGUUUCAAUCUAUUUGUACUUGGUUCCGAAAUCGACCUGCCUGUUCUUAGACGUAGAAAGUUUCUAGGUCGCGUACGGUCUUAACAGGCAUGGUUUUGCUUCGAGUAGAUCCAGCUUUCUGCAUUUAUUGUUCUUUUUGUGUUCUUAAAAUGGUAACAGUGGAGAAGGAAUUCCGCGUAGUCACGACUUUUGCCGCACUUUUGUGUACAUCAUGGUAUCUGCGAGACGAGGGCGCUGAAUAUCUUUAAUUCCUCACCACUUGUCGGCUAGUAAAGAUUUUAAGACGUUGGUGUCGAAGACACUGCUUGAUAUACCCUCUAUCUGCCUGUGCAGAAGUUGGGGUGGCUUAAUCACGACCGUCGUAAAGACCGCGAAGUUGUUUGAUUCGGGAAAAACAUGUUGACAAAGAAAAGGGAGGCUGCGGUGACUAUGUUUGGCUUAUUAGCCUUUGUUGGAAUAAGACCUUUGUUGAACCUGCGACGGCCCUCGAUUGAGCCCCAAGACAAAACGUGGUGGCACGUGCAAUAAGCAUGUAUUGGUAAACGCCCCUCCCUCUCCCAAAUCCCUGCAGCCUCAACCUGCCAAUGAAACAGCCAGUUUUAUUGCGGACACCCCACUUAACGGCAGGCCUGCUCACGUAAAAUUCGUUCUAUCUUUACUGAAACUAUUUGAAACUCACGGACCCUUGACUGAAGUCCCUAAGUAUGCCUUCAUACAGAGAUUACUUAAGUAAUGCUGUAAUACUGGCAUGAACAUAAUCUAUAGGAUGCUGGUAUUUGUUUAUGCAUUUUUUCCAGCGUUAUCUGUAAGUCAUACUGGGGACAAGUAAUUAUUCACUUACUGUAAUUCCCCCACUGAUUUUCGAUGUUUGAAUAAAGUGGAUCAUUUCUACGAAAAGCACAUGUCGUUUGUUUGAUCGUUUUGUGGGACAGUUACACUCACCAAGGAUCGCCGCUUAAGUCGUAUGUUUUCAUGAAUAAGAACGAAUUUUCUAAUUUUAUUUGUUACAAAAACAAUUUCCGAAAAUGUCAAGUUUUUUUUUUCAAAAUACCGAGAACACCUUUUGUUUAGACUGCUCUGUUUGUUCCCCCCUCCUAGGUGACUUCAUUAUGCCUGAAUCCGCUCAUAUUGAACCACCUUAUUUCUCAGCUGUUUGGCUUAGUCAAAUCUUACUGUUGUCUCAUUCAAGUCUUUCUCAUGCUUAACAAUUUUCUUAUCUCCUUUUCGUUUUACUACUUCUCAUUGGUACUCAUACGACAGUUGUCUGUACCUCCGGAGUUUACCACUGUGCGUUCAAAGCAAGGCCCAAAAGGUCACGGACCGUGUAUGGCGGCCACCACCAAACUUCAGCCAGGUCUACUGAGGAUAUACUGUGCUCGUACUUUAUGCAGCGCCUCUUGCUACUGGGGGCCGCCUGUGGGAUUUUUGACCAGGAUUCAGUAGUUUGGAAGAUUUGGUCCACAUCACCUGUGGUCAUCUCCAGAAAAUUUAAUACAUGAUCAGAUCAACGUCAGAUCGUCUCUUGGUAACGGACGAAGCUUUAAUCUAUUCUCACCUAUCAAUGUGCACCUUCUGCUCGGCCACGUAUGUGGGACAUGUUAUCCAUUUGUUGUCCAGUACUGAACUGCUUAUUAGUAGUUUUCAUGUUCUUUUAUGAUCGCAGCCUCCGAUUGGUCCAUCCUGGUUCCCGACGAAACGGGUGAGACCGCGGCCGCCCGGCCACCUCCCGUCGAGGCGGACGAUCCAGUAGCCGCCCGUGCGGGUGACAUCCCGUCCUCGCCAUCCCAUCAGCCCCCCUCCACUGCCCGCCGGCGCAAACGUCGGGGCACUGCCACUCGCUGCGGACAGCCUUCCUCUUCCACCAGCAGCUGCGCCGCCGAGAGGUCCACCGCGGCCGCUGCCAGCAACCAAGUGACGGUUGGAAGCGUGCUGCAUAAUGCGGCGACAGCUGCCGCCCUGGCUCAAAGGGCUCGUGCAAUCAGUUUGCUCAAGUCCUUGACCCUAGAAAGCCGUGAAGCUAGCGGCAGCUUCGAUUCCUGUCGGCACAACCGGGCGCACCACCUCAACUCUCGCAGUCGGCACAUCUCGACUCUGGGUGUGGACCGCCAACGAACAAAAUGCCUCUAUGGCGGCGUCAUGACCUCUCGAGCGUACCAGCGACCCCAGGUCUCUCGUCUCGGCGGCGCUACUCCUGACACUAGUGGCAGAGAUCAGUUCGCUGUCGCCACUGCCGCCGCUUCUGGCAGACUGGCUCGCAAGUGCAGGGCAUAG